CAGUAAUGUCGGCGCCUGGCAGUUGAAGAAGAACGAUAAAGAUGGCAGCGCCCCCAAGGUUCAGGUUCAGGUAAGUAAUUUAACUUUUAUCUGCCCACCCGACCCCCAGCGGUGAUAUGAGGGCCCUUUGCGAAUGAUGCUUUCACAGCAUUUUUUGUUGUCUAAUUCUAUCAUUUGGUUCUGGGUUUCAGCCCUUCAAGGUAUUGGAUUGUUUUGUUGUGUAAUUCUGUCAUUUGGUUCAGGAUAAAACAGACCAAAAGCUGUACAUCUUGUAAAUCACAUUUUGCAGUCAGAAUGCCUCUGUAUCUUGUUGCUAAUGCAGACUGGGCAUUAGUAGUUUAGUUUAGUCAAUGUGACUGUAGAAGAAACACAUAACCCUGUACUGGAAUCUAUCUGACAUGGUGAAAUUCUGCCUGCACUAGGACACCCCCUUGCGGUCACCAUGUUGGCUCAUCACAUGUGGACAUCCUCCUCUGGAAUGGACUGACUCAUGGAAGAAGCUCAGUCCGCCAUGUUUGAUGAGGGCAGAGGCACGCCAAACGUUCUUUCUGUUAACAAGGAGUCGGUUUGCAAUAUCCAUGUCUCAGCAUCUCAUUAUUCUCGUUGCAAAGCAAGAUUCGAGUUUUUGACUUCUGUGCUUAUAAAUUAUUUUUAUUUUUCCUGUUAUACUAUGCCCGUUGCGUAUUUGCGUAAUGAUGUGACGUCAGACGUACCGGGACGAUGGCGUGCGUGCAUAGGUCGGACUGGACUCCAUCCGUAACAGGAAGUAAAGUGGGGCGUUAACAGGCGGGAGGCGUGACGUCACCGAUGGAAUGUUAAGCGAACGAAUGCAGUGUGUAAGAUGACGUCAUAUCCAAUACUCUUGUUAAUGAAAUGAUAUGGAUCUGAUUUGAUUCCAGUUUGCUCUGGUUGUGCUGGUGAACCCGCACAGCGUAUCUGCCAGUGUGUGUGUAGUGUGUAUAUGGGGUGCCCAUCGCCGGUCUGGGGACACUGACUGGGAUUUCAUAGACAGGAUAGCAGUGCUGGCUGGGGGUGCUGGGGGUGGAUCCUAAGUGGUGAGGGUGAGGAGGGGAUUAUUUGCUUAGUGUCUAGCAGUUGGUUACAAAUUAUUGCUCAGUAGUUAAGAAAGUGGUAUAAGCACCAUAACCACAAUGUGCUGAUGUCAGCUGACCCAUUCAGCGAAUUCAUAUCACUAAUAUAGAAGGGUAAGUUCCGCAUUAGCCAUUCCUGUGGGCUGGGGCUGGGCUGCUGGUACCUCUGCAACUCCUCAUCUUGGUCAAACUAUUUGAAAACUGUUUGACAAAGAACAAGGGCCAACAACCCUUAGCUUUCUUAGACUGUUCCUUAAUGGUGCGGACAUCAUAACGUCAGCCUGGUGCUUGGAGAUCCUUGGUGCUGUUGUACCAUAAGGGGUUAUAAACCAAAAGUUGUUUAGAUGGUUGCUGUCGGCACUGCCCCCUUGAUUUCUGGCGAUGCCCAAGGCUUCAAAGAUAAAGUCUUGGAGAAGCUGAAGACUGGACACAGCCAUUCACUAGUUUCUCAUUCAAAGAAUGGUCAGCUGACGCUCUCAUCAGUUGUGCCCAAUUGCCCCACAAUAAUUGCUCUAUAACCCCUUUUCAAGUGUCAUUCUUCAUCAAAAUCUAAUUUCAGGGUCUUUGUCAUCCCAGCCCCUCCAUUGUCUCUCCCCAUGUCUUCUCUUUAUCCUGAAGGUGUAGCACAUUUGUAAACAGUAGUGGCUUCAGUGCCAUCACUUAGUGCAGUAUUUUAUGUAGUGGUUAUACUAUGUUUUGAAGAUGAAAUGCAGGUUUACAAUGUCAGUGGUAUGCUAGCAACCUUUCAUUUGAAAUUUUAUAAUGCACGACAGAUGAUAUUGAGUACAUUCAUCUAUGUGAAAAAAAAAUACUGAUUGCUCUUUUUUUUUAUUUUAUUUUUUUAUUUUUAGGUUAAAAUAAGUGUAGUAACAAAUACGGCUCAAUGGAUGAGAAGAAAAUCAAAAGGAGGAGUCCAAAGUCCUCUACCAGUCACCCACCUCCACUACUGAAUACAAAGAAAAACGCUGUGCCGGUCAGUAAAAGCACAGGCUUCUCAAAUGCUGUGCCACAACCAGUGGGACAAAAACCAAAGCUGAAACGGUGAGCAAAGAUACCAUUGGCAAAGCAAGACCUGUUUUCUGAUCCCAACACUCCAUUACAUGGAGUUGUUUGUGUGAUUUGCAUGUGCAAAAUGUGUUGGUUUUUUUUUUUGUUUUUUUAUAUCAUCAUUACAAAUUGGACAAUAAAGAAUUUCUUCUGUCUUUUUGGUUACAUGAAGUGUUAUUAAGGAGAAAUCAAAGUCUCAGGGAGAAGCCAAGGGUGCUUCAUCAGCUCCUAUCCAGCAUUCCUUCCUUACGGAUGUGUCAGAUGUUCAGGAGAUGGAGAAGGGUCUCCUGAGUCUGUUGAAUGACUUCCACUCAGGGAAACUUCAAGCUUUUGGUAAUUUUACUGGUUGUUUAUGUUUUAUUCAGAAUAUACUUCUACAAACAUUGAUCUGUUCUAUGGACUCUGCAUUAUUUCUGCACUAAUUGAUACUUAACAGCGAUUAGGUAGUUAAGUGAUUAAACCCAUCACAUUUUGGUUUUGCUAUUAAUCCAAAAGAAGGCACGAAAUCCAGUUUGAAGUGCUUCCAAUUUUGCUACAAACUAGAAAAAAAAUCCUUCUUGAACCCAGAAUGGCAGGCAGACAUCUCCUUGGACCAAGAAGCUAUUACCCUACUAAUUAAUUUUUUUUUUUUUAUUCCUGAAUAUUAUGUUUUUGCAAGUAUUUAUUCAAUUGCUGUUUAAACAUCUGUACGGACUCUGAUAAAACCAUCUCUUUCCACAUCCUAAUUGUUCUUACCGUUAAAAACUCUUUCCUUAAACUAAAUAUCCUUUUUUCCCGUUUUAAUAAGUGACAUUGUGUCCUAUGGAUAGUCCUGUUUAUAACAAGAUUUCCAGACAAUGGUUUGUAUUGGCCCUGAAUAUAUUUGUAUAUAAUAUUUAUCAAACUAAAGUAAUUUAAAAUUGUUAACCUUUCUUCAUAACUAAAAUUCUCAAUUCCUUGUAUUUUGUAGCCUACCUCUUCCCUUUUUUUAUGCCAUAAUAUCCUUCUUUAGAGCAUGUGCCCCAAAUUGUACAGGAUAUUCAAGUUGUGGUCUUACCAGUGAUUUAUAAAUAGGCAGAAUUAUAUUUUAAACACAAGAAUUAUACAUGACAAUACCUUGUUGAAUGAGCUAAGUCAUGAUUAUGUAAUUCCUCUGUGUAAGCUGAGAGUUGCUUUCAGGACUUUGUCAUUUUUUCAGGCAAUGAAUGUUCCAUUGAACAGAUGGAACAUGUCCGAGGGAUGCAGGAGAAGCUUGCCCGUCUGCAUCUUGAACUCUAUGGUGAGCUAGAGGAACUUCCAGAAGAUAAACGGAAAAUUGCAAGUGACUCCAAUCUUGACCGACUACUUUCUGAUGUAGGUUUCUAAAAUGUCUGUUCUAUUAUGCCAAGUUGAUUUAGUUGGAGAAAACAUCUGAGGAAACCGUUUGGCAAUGGAAGAAAAUAAUCCUACUGAAUAUCAUGCUGUUAAAUGUCUCAUGACUGCAUGUUAAGAGAUGAUAUUUUGAAGAAACAUCACUUAAUUUAUCUUUUAACUUUUUAGUAAUCAAUCUGCCAAAGAAAACAUGCAUGUAUUUUUUUUACUGUAUGUUUUCAUUGGGGUUACAUGAAAAAUCAGCUGCAAACUUGCUGUCUGUAGCUUUUGCAAGCCCUCCAAUUUCUCCCCAGCAUAGACUUUCAGUCUCAUUGAGAAGCCUGGAGCUACAUGGCUUUCCAAUGCUUCUCAGGGAGCUUCCGUACAGAGCAGGCACAGUCUAGAUGGCUGGGGAGACAUUUCUGCAAAGAUUUCCUAUUGAAACUGACACUUUUGUAAACUGUAAACUGUUUUAGAAAAUGACUGAUUCCAGACACAUAAAGUGCUUCAGCAUGCUGGAGUUAUUUAUGCUUCAGAAGUGUUCCGUUUAACAUGUUCAAGUGCUUUUUUUGUAGCUGUAAAAAUGUAGUUGUCUGUAAUAGUGAUAGAUAAAUGGUACAUUUUACUUUUUAGUUGCUUAUUUGUUUUCUUUUGUUUUGCAGCUGGAAGAGCUGAAUUCUUCUAUGUAUCCUUUUUAAUUUAUUAAAUGAAACAUAAUUUUAUAUACAGUUGUUUUUGUUGCAAUUUAAAUAGAAAUUUUUUAAAUAUCACUUAGGCAUAGUGCUGCUCUAGAGACAUUUGAGACACCUGGUACAUGCUGAGGUACUGAGUUCUUACUGGAUGCCCCAGGGAUGGGGGAACUGCGUUUUUUAAUCAUAGGACGGCACAAGAUAUACACAUGCCAGUCUACUGAAAAUAAGUGACAGUCAUAUUCUACUGCAUGGAGGAGGAAGUCUGAACUAAAAUGGUAAUAUUUAUAAAUAACAGCUUAUCAUGACCUGCCUGGGGCAUGUAUUUCUCCGUUCUCCCCUGAGAUUUUGGAACCAGCAGUGUACAUUGCCAAACCAUGCAUUCUUCCAUAUUGGUUAUGCAAAAUAAUGCAUGGAUGUUGUUAUCAUCUGUGUGUGUGUGUGUGUGUACACACACACCUCCCCCCAUUCCCGGUCCUGCCAUUUUAAUCCUGCAAUGUAAACCAUUACCAUUGCAGUUUUUCUUUUUACAUUUCAGGGUUAAAUCCACCUCUAAUGGGUGUCUCCCUGACAGCCACUUGAAGUGCUUCCACUGCAGUGACAUAGCAAAACACAAUCAAGUAAUGUGGAGGCUUAUGGGAAAGCAUUAAAUACAAUCACUGAAAGCAUCCAUACCUCCUCAGUGAUGUCGAGAACAGCUGAAAAAUUUGUGAAAAGAGUAAGUAAAACAUUUAUUUUAAUGGCACACAGAGGGGCUUGUGGACCUUUUUGGAACUAGAAACGGGGUAAUUUCUAACUCUGUAGUGUUUCUUUGAGUAUUUGCUGUAAAAGCAAAGCUAUAUCAUACAUGGUGGCAUCUAUUUUAGCGGUUUUCAUUGAUUUAGCUCAGGUGCAAGCAGAGUUAAAGUGGCAGCAGCUAUAACAUAAGAAUGCAGCUCUUACUGAUUUGAAACAAUUGUGACAUGUAUGUCUCUAUUUUGCCUGAAAUGAAGGAAUCCGAACUACACUAUGGUGAUCCGUACAUUUUUCUGCAUUAAUCAUCGGGAAUAAUUACACGGACAACAUUCCUUACCUGAAUCCAGUGCUGAUGUCCUUUGGCACUGGAUCAGGCUCCACCCAUGCUCCCCCCACCCUGCCGACAUCAGCCAGCAGGGAGACCUAAUGCGCAUGCAUGGCAAUGACAGCCACUGACGGCAGACUUAGAGCUGCAAUAUAAACAUUGCAGUGAUAUAGAUCCAAUGUGAUCUCACUUAUAUUCUGGGGAGCCCAAAUUGUUAUUUCAAGUGCACUUGGAGGAGCGUGAAUUCAGACACCAGACAUGUGUUGUUUAUCAAAAUAAGCCUCUGUCGUUUAUUUAUCAGUAUGUGUUUUUAUACAUUAAAAAGUAAGUGCUUACGUGCAAAUACUCAUAGAACAGUAGUUGGAAGGGAGUGAAAGGAGUACAGAUAAGACAUAGGGAUGAACGUCAUGUUCAUAUAACAGAUAAGUUCCGAGAAAGAACAGACUGAUUUAGGAGAGACAGCUCAGGUGGGGGCUAUCUGCUCCCGGAAUUAGACAUAUACGGUCUUAAGUGUCAUUUUAAGCAUUAAGCAUUUCCUGAGUCCAAGUUAGCCAAUUUUAAUAAAGACUAUCUAAUAAGACACCUAUAAGCUUGAACCUUGGAAUCAAAGUAAAUUCUAUCACAGCAGUUCUCUGGAACUGCAAUGUUUAACAUUGCAUCACUAAGUGCAAUAGGGACACAGCGCACAGACCAGAUCAAUUAGCAGAAGUGAUUUGGGUGCCUACAGUGUCCCUUUUAAAGGAACAUUCUCCCCCCCCCCCCUCUCCAAUCCCCAAUACAAAUUCAUCUUAGUGAAGUUAUGAAGCAGGGAAGACUGGGCCCCAUCUUACGAUCAGGAGUUGGUUCCAAGUGUGUGACAGCUGCGUCUUCUCUCUUUAUUCCUCUCAGCUGCAAUCUACUCCAGGAAGGUUUGCCUGAUGGCCAAUGAUGCUUAUGAAUUAAAGUUUGUUGUGUAUAUAAUGCAUGGGGGGGAUAGGUGUUUUAUACACUUGUAGUACUAUAUACCAUCAUGUCCAUUGAAGUUUUUUUUUUUUUUUUACAUACCCUUUUCCUGUAGUGUGUGGUUGUAUGUUAAUGUCAUCCUGCCAUGUGAGUGUGUUAUCUCUGGACCCUGGAUUAUUUGUGUGCUAAGUCCCUCCCUUUUUUCCCUUUUACAUUAGGUUCAUUGAAAUUGUAAAUGUGCUAUACAUUAUAAUUGAACAACUUGUUUGUAAAUAAGCAAGCUACAUGUUAAAACUUAACUCUAUCAAACAGACAAAAGCUGCACCUCGCUGAUGCCCAAGAUAUUCCAAAAACAACUAACUGAAAAAAUAUCACACCACAGUCCUUCAUUGUUAGAUGCUUUUUACUCUUGUGUGUGUGUGCGCGUAAACAGUGUUAACAUGACUUUCUCAUUCUAAUUGCCUGGUGAUGAGAUAUAUUUAAAACUGUUCAUACAUCAUACUUGUGAAUCAUGUGUUUUUGUCUUUCCAUGACCAGGCUGAAAACCAUAGUAUUUGGUAUUUUGGAUCACAAGGUAGAUGAAAACUUCUCAAUUUUCUGUGUGAGAAUGUAAAAUGACCUCUUAAUAGUUUUCAAUUUCUGACCAUACUUGCACCCACCUGUGUGUUUUGAUUUUACAUAGACGUACUUGAUGGAUUUAGACAUUUCUCUGCUCUUAUGGGUCAGUUUUUUCUAGUAUCUGUAUAUUACACUUUUUUUUUUUUCUCUAGGUAGGAUACUGCAACUAUGCCUUGCAUGUCCAAAUAUCUGAUUCUUUAGAGGAAAAGUGAUGUGUGAGGGGAAAAAAAAUAUUUAAAUUUUUUCACACAUUAGACUAGCCAUUGCUUAAAUUGUGGUGGUGGAUUUUUUUAAUGUUAUAGUUCUUGCUUUAUAUUUCUUAUUUUUGUUUACUAUAACACCAAAACUGCCUUCUAUGGCACCGCCAAGGUAUUUUGUACAGUGUAACCAUUUUAUUCCAUGCUUCUCCAAAUAAGUUCCUUUUGAAGUCAGAUGGCCUCAACUACCCCACCUCAUAUGACCUCUGGUAAAAGGUGGCGUAACAGAACUUGGAAAUAGUACUUUUACAUUGGGGGAUAUUUUUAAUAUUAUACAAAACUUCCCCUUGUUCAGAUAACAUAUAUGAAGUAAUUAAGUAUAGACUUCUACAUGAUACCUGACAGAACCAUAUAUAUAUGUGUGAACAUUGUUUACUGGGAUAAAUGCACUUUAAAAAUGAACUUAAAGAAAUCUGAUCUUUCAUAUACAAGGAUACUUUAAACUCACUGUUGUUCUUACUAUUAUGGAUUUGUUUUACUCCAGAGUGUAAUCACCUCAAGAUUACAAAAUUGGCAGAGUGGUCCAUUCAGCCUACAUAUUAUCGCUGUUUGUUAACAUGCAGACAAUCAAAAUGCUACUGAAUCUAAUAUGUAUUGUAUUUUUUUUCUUUUUUUUUAUGUAUAUGGGUAGAAUUUAACAAUUUGCUAUGUGUCUAUUGUAAAUAUGUUCUACAUGUAAGUAGGGAAGUAUGCUUUUAUGGUGUCAUUACUUGAGCGUAUUGACUGUUAAAGUUUUCGAAUAAGAACAAUGUUAUGAUAAAUGUAAUUAUAUGUGUACCAGCAAACUAACUACAGUUAAAUAUUGUUUAACUAUGUUCAUGUUAUGGCCAAAUAAACACAAAACUUGUCUUUAUUUCUUGACAUUUUAUGUUUUACAGGAACAAUGAAAAUAAUAAUUCAUGCUUAUUAAAACAUUUAAGUUAUGA